AUGUCUACUCAGAGCGCGCAAACCGCACAAACACCCCCUCCCCAGUCCCAGGCCUCCGUUGUUCUUGACAAUCCGGGUGGCACUGCCCAAUCUCAUCCCCCUCCUCCUCAACCGACUCCGCGUAAGUCGAAACCUGGAAGCAACCUGGUUAGCCAAGCCAACUACAAAGAAGACACCAAGCAGGACAACAAACAAAAUCGCAGCAUUUGGUUCAAGAUGGCAGAAAAUGGCUUUGCGGGCAUGCUGGAACCGAUGGAACUACUUGAAGACUACAUGAUCACCGCGGAAUCGACCAAUGCAGAGACGAAGGCCGUCACCGCUAUGGUUAAUCAAGCCCGACGCCACCUCAACGCUGCGAUUGAUGUCUACAACGGGCGUGAUACCAGCAACCCAAGGAGGAACAACGAGAAGCUUAUGAUUCCAUCUUUCAUAAAAUAUCUCGAGGCUUUGGUUGAGAAGUUUCCCGAGGACAUUAGGCCUCUCAUCAUCGACUCUCAGUACCGAAGUAUUCAGCCUCUCGAUGAGAACGACCACGACAUUAAGCCUGACGUGCUCGCUACUUACCCGGGUGUGCCACCGCCUGAGCCAGGGAAACCGUGGACGUGGCCCGCAAUCGGUACCGACUUCGAGUUCAAAGACAAUCUCGACAUAUUCGACGAUGCCACCGAGGAAAUCCGCCAGCUCAACCCCAAAAAACCGGAAGAUGCUCGCAAAAUCCAGAAGGUCGAAGAUGCCCUCGUGCAGAUCGUCAAGAGCGGUCGCAGCUUACUGAUGAGCUCGGGCCGCUGCUAUUCGUGGGUUAUGGCGAUGUACAAGCACGACAUGGCGCGCAUAUUCUGCUUUGAUCGCACUGGGUUCGUUGUCUCGAAGGGCUUUGAAUGGUUGGCCGGAGAAAAUCAACACAUUAUCCCCACUUUCAUGUACCGACUCUAUCACCCAGCUGGCCAUCUGGGCCGCAUCGACGGGGAUGACUUCACCAUUUCGCGGCCCCUCAAAGACAACACUCUCAAAUCGCGUAUCUACGAAGCACUUCGCCGCAACUCCUUUUAUGCCAAAAUGUUUCCAGACUGCGCGAGCGCCACCGAUACCACCAUCAGUCUCAAAGCUUCCCGCCGAGACGUUGACGGUUUUCCGCAACCCGUCACCUGUUAUACCAUCGGAAAUAUCCUCUCGGUCUCCGACGGGCUUUUCGGUCGAGCCACGCGUGUCUAUCGCGUGAUCUUAGCAGAGGAUCUAGACGAAGAGAACCCGCAAAUAUACGCUUUGAAGGAUGCCUGGAGAGAGGCUUGUCGUCGUCCGGAGAUCGACUAUUAUGACUUCAUCGCCAAAUGCUCCGAAGGCAAGGAGGGAGCUGAGGGAAUGGCUACCUGCCAUGGGAGUGUUGAUUUAGGGGCACUCGACUGCGACAUCGACGCGGAAGGGAGCAUUCAGCGCACCCGCAUAAUUCCUCACCCUCUGACGGCGGAUGUUAACUCUCGUAUUCACGUACGGUCUUUGUUAACGCCGGUUGGGCGGCCUUUGCGCGAGUUUCCUUCGACCGAAGCGAUGUGUUGGGCACUGUACCGAGUGGUCCAACAACAUUUUCUUGCAUUUCAAGCUGGGGUUCUUCAUCGCGACAUCAGCGAAGGAAAUGUGAUGUUCGUGGAGGCUACUUCGGAGGGCGAGAUGCCACAAGGGUUUCUACUUGACUGGGACUAUGCCGAGUUCACGGCAGACGGCGCGCAAAGGUUCAAUCAGAUGUUUGAAAGCCGCCAGCAAGCUGUUUUGGAAUACGUGGAGAAGGCAUUGAGUGAUAUGACAGGCACCCGACCGUUUAUGGCAAUUGAAUUGAUGCGCACCGUGACUCAGCACGCGGCACAUCACGAUCUCGAGUCGGUAUACUGGCUGUUGAUGUGGAUGAUACUCCGUCACACAGCUCACAAUGACUCCCGUGGUUCGUCUGCCUGUGGCCACCUUUUCGACCCGUUUGGCCCCGACAUGAAGCAAGGCUACCUUGUGCGGCGGGUCCCAGUCGACGCUGCCAAAAACAAACCGCUGUACAUGCUUGCGACAAAUCUCCGGCGCAAAGUCGCGGAUCAGAACCCCGACAGCGAGGAGAAGGAGGAGUACCUAGUCGACGACUCGGAUGACUCGGAGGAUGUCGACGGUCAUGAGCAGUCUGCGAGCCGGCCGGGACGGGAGCCGGUCCGUCCUAUGGAUCACCCUCACGUCUUGCGGAUAUUCAAAAAAUGUGUUGCUCAUCAGUGGUGGCCGCUAACCGGUACGGACCCGGCGAUCGAUUUCGUGCCGCCGUCAAAGGAGGUGCAAACCGUCAUCAACGCCACGGACGAGUCCACCUGGCAGAGCACGGGCCAGAAGCGGGCGCGCGCCGAUGCGGGGGAGGAGACACCCAGCAAGAGGCUGAAACCUUACACCCAGAUACCGGAACUUGAAGCCAGCGGCAGUGCUGGUCCCUCGCGGCCUGCGACACGAUCUCAAUCUCGUACAGUCCAAACCCAGACCGCGACGUCCAACAGGUCUGGCCCCAGCCGUGGACGGCGCGGAAGGCACUGA